AUGAAACUCCUGUUGAUUGUUGCUGCGGUCCUAUUGUUACAACGCAGUCAUCUAACCGAAUGUACAAUCAAUCUUUUGUCGCUUGGAACAAUUUAUCUCCCAUAUGGAUUCGACGAUAACGGUGAACCGAUGUUUGAGAUGGGUAGGGGAGCAGCUGAACAAAGCGCCUUCGAUGAUCUUAACAACAUUAUAUAUGUAAUAGGCGAGACUGGUUUGAUUCACGUUGUCGAUGUCAGCGACCCAAAGAGCAUGAAAUUAGUUCACACAGUCACUCAAAACAACGUUUUGUCGGAUGUAGAAGUAUGUGGUAGUUACGUUGCCAUAACAAUGUUGGACGACUUCGUCCCGGGUAAUGGUAAUUUGCUCCUCUAUAGUUUGUAUGAUCCGCUCAAAGAAAGUAUGGAACUGAUGUAUAUGUUACAAGUUGGUCCUAAUCCAGACAGUCUUAAAUGUACCUCAGACGGCAAGACAAUUAUAGUGGCGAACGAGGGUGAGGCUGGUACCAACGAAUUCGGAAAUUUUGAGGACCCCGAGGGCAGUGUUUCCAUCAUCAAAUUAAGCAGUGGUGAUUUAAGUGUAGAUCCGUUAAUUAUCACCCAGGAUACAGCUUGGCUGAAUGUAUUUAAUGACAAGGCGGACGAGUAUGUUGCCAAUGGUGUCCGAUGGAUAUAUCAUGGCGAGGGAAGUGGACAGAUGACCACAUUCUCCCAAGACCUGGAACCGGAAUCAAUGACACUGUCUGAAGACGAAACGACGGCCUACGUCGUACUACAGGAGAACAAUGCGAUUGCUGUUUUAGAUAUGAUUACUGGUGAAUUCAAAGAACUUUAUGCGCUGGGAUUUAAGAAAUGGGAUACGACUCUGAUAGAUGCUAGCGAUAAAGAUGGGGGCAUUAAUCUACACUACUGGCCAAUUUAUGGGAUGUAUCAACCAGACACCAUUAAAUACUUCACAAUAGCCGGACAGGAAUAUAUUGCGACGGCCAAUGAGGGCGCUGAUAAGGAAUUUUACGUAACGGCCGACUAUACAUUUGCUGAAGGACUCCGUGGUGAAGACUUCGUGUUAGGGAACAUGGUGUCUGAAACAGUGUCCGAUGCAAUGUUUCUUGCUUUAAGUGAUGAAACCUUAUUGGGACGUUUACAAUUCAGCACUGUGGAUGGGCAAAGUAUGGAUGAUCCUACCAAAUAUGAGGAAUUCUAUUCCUAUGGAUCUCGCAGUUUCUCAGUGUUCCGGGUGUCUGACAUGUCAUUGGUCUUCGACAGUGGGGAUGAAGUUGAAAGAAUGCACGCAGUCGUAUAUCCGACUAUUUUCAACACUAAAUUCGAACAAGCAGACAUGGAUGUGAAUGGCCCCGAGGAUGAGAUGGAUAAAUCAUCUGACAAAAAGGGACCACAGCCGGAAUCCAUGGCUAUUGGCCAUGUGGGCUCGAAGACUGUCUUUUUUUUCGGAUGUGAAAAACCAUCAACCAUCGUUAUGUAUAGUGUCAUUGAAGGUUAUGAUCCCAUUUUUGAAAGUAUUUAUCGAGCUGGUGAGCUUGAUGGAACAUACGAAGAACUUUACCAGAGUAGACAAGUAGGUGAUACUGAUCCCGAAGAUGUCAGAUUUGUGGAUGUUGCAAAGAGUCCGAUUGGUCGAGCAAUGUUAAUCGUCACUGGAAGUUUAAGUGGAACAUUGUCCACCUAUGAAGUUCUUGAUGAUUAGAUUAAUAUGGACAGGGCGAUGUAAAACCUAAGAAUGCAUCACAUGUCAAAUGCCGUGUACCCCCCCAAAGCUAAUAAAAUGUUAUAAUUAGAAGUGUUUUCUGAAUUUAUAAAUA